GUUGCAUGUCAGUUCCUGUUUUGAUACGUGCUGCUGACUGCUGAGUGACUUGUGGCGGGAGUUUAACGCGUGCUGCAUGUAGCGGUUUACAGCGUUUUACCCUACAAUUUAAUCAAAAGCUUUCUUUGCCUGUCGAAACAUGGAAGAUAACAGACAAGAGGUUGAGCUGAGAAGCGAUGUGCCUAUUUCGCCUCCGAACGGUGAAACCCUUUGCACUCAGGAACACAACCAAGUAAAGUUAACAAAUGGACAAAACCAUGCCAGUUCACCAGUGAAUGGUGUCCAGGAAUACCGGAGACACACAUUUAGCACUGAACCCACUCUCGAAGACAUACGACGGAUGCAGGCAGAGUUCACAGACGAGAGGGACUGGAACCAAUUUCACCAACCCCGAAAUCUCCUCUUGGCAAUGGUUGGCGAAGUAGGAGAGGUGUCCGAACUCUUCCAAUGGCGUGGGGAAGUUGCCGAAGGACUGCCGGACUGGACCGAAUCAGAGAGGGAGCAUUUGGCUCAAGAACUGAGUGAUGUUUUGAUCUACUUGGUAGAGCUUGCAGAGAAAUGCCACGUUGACUUGCCCCAAGCCGUCCUUCGCAAAAUGGCUUUGAAUCGACAGAAAUAUCCGGCUAGCAAAGUCCAUGGGUCGGCAAAGAAGUACACUGAAUAUAACGAAUAAUGUUUUGCUGUGAUCCACUCAAACUUUGCCGCUGAAUAGCAGAGACAAAUCAGACUGCUCCCGAAGAUUACUGAUGGUUUGCAGCAAAAUUGUCGCACAGACACUUGUUCUUAUUGUAAUUAUGUGCUGUUAAAAUGCACUUUCACCUUGUAGCCUAUUUUAAUUGACCGAGUUUUACUUUGUCGCCAUGAAAGUCCUUUCUGGCAAUAACAAUCUUGAUCUUUCUGGAAGCUGUAACUUUCUAUGGUUUCAGUUUAAGUGCCCAGUGUAUUUUACGUUUUAUUGUUUCACCGAAUUUACCAAAUUAAGGCUGUACACAAAUGUUACAUUUUGGUAUAGUUGUUACUUUGUUUCCCAUAAAACCUCAACUCUAACUUGAGGUGACAGCUUGAUACGUACUCAUCCUCUGGCCCUCUGUAUUGUAUCCUUGCAAUGUUGUCAAUAUAGUUCACUUCAAAGGUUUUACAAAA